ACAGGGGGCCUGGGGGCAGACACGGAGGAGCGGCUGGUGGAGCAUCUCCUAAACCCAGCCCACUAUAACAAACUGAUCCGUCCUGCGACUAAUGGCUCUGAGCUGGUUACUGUGCAGCUGAUGGUGUCGUUGGCCCAACUCAUCAGUGUGCAUGAAAGAGAGCAGGUGAUGACCACAAAUGUCUGGCUAACGCAGGAGUGGCAGGACUAUCGUCUGACUUGGGUCCCGGAGGAGUUUGAUGGAAUGAUGAAGGUCAGGCUGCCCUCAAAACACAUCUGGCUGCCUGACGUGGUGCUCUACAACAAUGCUGAUGGGGUGUACGAGGUGUCGUUCUACUCUAAUGCAGUGGUCUCCUACGACGGCAGCAUCUUCUGGUUACCCCCGGCCAUCUAUAAGUCAGCCUGUAAGAUCGAGGUCAAGCAUUUCCCCUUUGACCAGCAGAACUGUACACUGCGCUUCCGCUCAUGGACCUAUGACCGCACCGAGAUCGAUCUGGUGCUCCGUGCUGAUGUUGCCAGCAUGGAUGACUUUACACCCAGCGGGGAGUGGGACAUCAUCGCCCUGCCAGGCAGACGAAACGAGAACCCAGCUGACCCCACCUACGUGGACAUAACGUAUGACUUCAUCAUCCGCAGGAAGCCUCUUUUUUAUACCAUCAACCUCAUCAUCCCGUGUGUCCUCAUCACCUCUCUGGCCAUCCUGGUCUUCUACCUGCCCUCAGACUGCGGAGAAAAGAUGACGCUCUGCAUCUCAGUGCUGCUGGCUCUCACUGUGUUCCUGCUGCUGAUCUCCAAGAUCGUACCACCCACUUCACUGGAUGUCCCUCUAGUGGGGAAGUACCUGAUGUUCACCAUGGUCCUGGUCACCUUCUCUAUCGUCACCAGUGUGUGUGUGCUCAAUGUGCACCACCGCUCACCCACCACACACACCAUGCCCCCUUGGGUUAAACUGGUGUUCCUCAACAAGCUUCCUGCCCUGCUCUUUAUGCGCCAGCCUAGGAACAGCUGCGAGCGCCAGCGGCUCCGCCAAAGACGAAGGGCCCAGGAGCAGAAGGAGGGUGGGCGCAGUGGGGAGGCAGGAGCCUUGAUGGUGGGUCUCGGGUUGGGAAGUGCUGGAGGUAACGGAGGGGCAACCUCCACAGGGGUAUUCGGCAAAGAGGACAGUGACCCUUGUACCUGCUAUGUGAACCGAGCAUCUGUUAAACAGUUUGGAGGGGAACUGGGAGGUGCAGGAAGUGGAUCCAUGGAUGGUCUGAACAGGGUGAGGGAGGGCAGGGAAGGGGGCUCUGGAAACCUGCCAAGGGGGCAGCAAGCAGCAGGAGGUCCUGCUCUGACUCAGGCCCUGUUGGCUCAAGCAUGUCCAGGCUUCGAGGAGGCUGUGGAAGGAGUACGCUUCAUUGCCAACCACAUGAAGAGUGAGGAUGAUGAUCAAAGUGUGAGCGAGGACUGGAAGUAUGUUGCCAUGGUGAUUGACCGCCUCUUCCUGUGGAUCUUUGUGUUUGUGUGCGUGUUUGGCACAAUGGGCAUGUUCCUGCAGCCGCUCUUCCAGAAUUACACAGCCAAGACCAUCACCAGCUCGCCAGGCUGA